UUUAUAGUGGAACUAGAUGGCUUUGGUAACAAAUGAAGUGCCAUUUCGGAGUGUGGCGAGUAUGAAGUAUUUUUCAGUAUAGUUUACAAGAAUUCCGUUUUCCGAAAAUUAGAAAGUAAUCAAAAAGGCAAAAGAUCUGGAGGCAUUUUGCAAUAAAACGGGAUUUGACGUACAAGUUAAUUUGUGGCUUAUUGUACGUGGAUGUGAUUUGUUGUAUACGGAGCUUGCUGUACUUUGCUAUCGUAAAACAUAUAUUAACGUUUAUAACAGGCUGUCCUAGAGAGAAUACAACCUACUAUAUGGUUUCUGUUAAUGUGUCUCGCGUACAUCUACAUACGUAUAAUACGCGUCCGAAAAUUUUCUUCAGCUGCUACCGAAUCAUACAUUUGUUUGAAUUAUGGAGAGUCAUGAUCACUUGUUCAAAGUACUAAUUAUUGGGGACACUCGAGUUGGGAAGACAUCGCUGGUGCACCGUUACGUGCACGAAAAAUUCUUCAAGUGUUACAAGAAUACAGUGGGAGUGGACUUUGCACUGAAAGCUCUUACAUGGUCUGACACGGAGACUGUACGACUACAGCUGUGGGACAUAGCAGGUCAAGAGCGUUUCACCUCCAUGACCAGGAUUUAUUAUAAGGGUGCAUCGGGCUGCGUGCUCAUGUUUGACGUCACCAGCACCUCCAGCUUUCACAGCUGCCAGAAAUGGAAGGAGGACUUGGACAGCAAGGUUCUUCAGGUGGAUGGUAACCGUGUCCCCUGUAUCCUACUGGCAAACAAGUGUGAUUUAUCACCUUGGCAAGUGUCAAAGGAAGACGUGGAGACGUUCAGCAAGACCAGUGGCUUCAUCGCCUGGAUGGAGACAUCGGUCAAAGACAACAGGAACAUCGCGGAAUCCAUGAGAAUCUUGGCAGAGAACAUGAUGGCAAAUCAAUCAGCUUUUGGAACGCCUGAAAACCAGGGAACCAGCUUCAAGCUAAGCUCACCUGUGACGGCAAAGGUGGCCAAUGGAGACCCAUGUUGCUCAACUAUGAGGAACUUGGUGGAAUAAACAUUUCAGAUAUUUCUUUGAA